ACAUUUUCGUUACAAUUGUUAAUCUUUCGAAUUUUGUUAACUUCUUAUCUACUUAUAAAUGUACAUAUAUUUGGUGCAGAAGUUUUGAAUACUUUGUUAAUCUGUGCAGUUCCGUAACAUAAUGAAACUAUCUGCGAACUUAAACUUUUUAUUUACCGAAGGUGGUAAGCACAUAUCUGAGAGAAUUUAUAUGGCGCAUAAGGCAGGAUUUAAAGCUGUUGAAAUACCUUUUCCAAAUAUCGGACUGGAGGAUAUAUUGUUAGCAAAAGAAGAAACUGGAAUAGAUGUUGCACUAAUAAACAUAAGCAUUGGUGAUUCAAAGUUCGGUUGUGCUAGUAUUCCUGACUCUCAAGAAAAUUUUAAGAAUCAACUGAACGAAACAAUUCAUUUUGCUAAGAAAGUGCAAUGUAAAAAAAUUCAUAUAAUGGCAGGACUUACUGAAGGAGAAUCAAGCGAACAUUUGGUUACUUACAAAAAUAACUUAAAGUAUUCGGCAGAUAUUUUGGAAAUGGAGGACAUGAUCGGCUUAAUUGAGCCCAUAAACAAAUAUGCUUUGCCAUCAUAUUUUCUGAACUCAUUCGAAACAGCAAGUUCCAUAAUAAGGGAAAUAAGCAGCAAGCAUAUUAGGCUUUUAGUGGAUCUGUAUCAUUUGCAACAUAUUAUGGGUAAUAUAACGCAGGCAUUCACCGAUUUUAAGGAUAUAAUUGGACAUUUUCAAAUUGCUCAAGUUCCUCAUCGCCAUGAACCUGAUGUUGCCGGAGAACUAGAUUUUAAUUACAUUUUCGAUUUAAUAAAAUUAACUGGAUACAACGGUUGGAUAGGGUGCGAAUAUAAACCAAAAUCUAAUACGUUAGAAGGAUUGAAGUGGAUGCAAAAAUAUAACAUACAAUUAUAAAUAAACCAUUCGACUUUUACUACCAUCAAA